AUUGUUUGCUUAGCAUUGCACAGAACUUGUGUUGCCCCUUGAUCACCAGGGAGGGACUGUCUGCGCGUCUGGCACCUGAGCUUUCAAAUAUCUGAUCACUGCUCUACUAUCUGAUCACUGCUCUACUAUCUGAUCACUGCUCUACUAUCUGAUCACUGCUCUACUCUCUGAUCACUGCUCUACUAUCUGAUCACUGCUCUAACAAACAGCACAUCGCACAGGGCUUUGCUGAACACGGUCCCUGUUGCUGCCACACGCAGUUCAGCAGCAUUAACCACUGCCACUGGAAAGGAAUGGCUGGCUGCCUUUGGAGAUCCGGAGGGACUGGGAAACUUAGCACUUAGCACUUACCUCGCAUGAAACCCAUCUCAGCGCCGUCAGCUAGCAAAGCACGCGUGGUGCUCCGUGUGACACAAUGCAUUCCACCCAUUUCUCUCUUUUCUCUUUUUUUCCAGUCUGAAGGAGACUCGGGGCUGAUGUAAAGGAAGCUGCCUUUGAGAGCCUGGGGGCUGCCGAGCUUCACAACUUCCCUGCUUGGUGGAACUCACAUUCUCAUUUCCAUGCUGCCUUCCCUCCGUCAUUAAAUGAUCUUCAAAGGGACAUCGCUGGCUGCUGCUGCUCCUUCCCCUUCUUCUGAGAGCAGAUGCGCGCCGAAACAUCCAAAGACCUCAUGAGGUUCCCUGCUCCCAGCUUCUCCCCUGUCACCCCUCCUAUGCCAGGAUCGAUGCUCUCCCCUUUUCUGCCCUAAAUCUCACUCCGUGUCAUUAGAGAACAAAAAUCUAUGCAGGAAUGUCUUCAGUUUUUGGAAGCUGCGAGUCCCCUGUAUCCAAAACAGCUAAGAAUUCAAAUUAAGAUCAAUUAAGGAAUUGCUUUUAGAUUUGCACCUCUUUUAUCUUUUUUUAUUUCCCAACAACCACUUUUUGGGGGGCGGCACAAAUGGAGAGGUGCUUUAACAUCUGAUCUUUUGGGGGUUGAAACGUGACCAUGUGGAUAACACAGCUUUUAGGAAUCAGAUCAGGCCCUCCAUUAGGAAGCCAUGUUUGGAUUUUAAUAGCCAUUUUUCAACUAGCCAUGGAUUUCAUUAUUUGUGAAUCAGGAUCCCCAGGCAAAGCAUACAAACAUUUACAACAACCUUCACUAGUACAUAGGAUACAUAAGGUUGCUUUGUGGAGUCCAAAAGAAAUACUAACACUGAGAAACCAGAAACAUUAUUGGAAUCCUAUUAAUUAUUCUCCUGUUUUGCCAAUAGAAAGAAAACAUUAUAAAACAUAUAAUAAAGACCAUGCAAACAGCAUUUUUUCUAGAAAUGUGCCAUUAAAAUACUCUACCACGGAAAACUCACAUUAUUCAUCACAACAAAUAAAACACACUGUCAAAAUGACAAAUCUGAACAGGAGUAAGCGACAGCUCCAAAGUAGAAGCUGGGAUAACUUGAAACGUUUUUUGGACAAUAAAAGUCAGCCAACGACAGUCUCUGAAUUUAUUUUAUGGGGACCAACAGGGGAUGAUGACAUUGUGGAGUCAAGCACAUUCCCUGGAAUUUAUGAGACCACAAAAACCUCUACUGUUCAAGCCAGGACAACUUUGUUGGAAACAACUACCACCACAGCUUCCACAACCAUAAAUGCUAAAGCUACAACAUUACAAAACCCAGGGAUUCAUCGAAAGAAAGCCCCUGGUAGGUUUAGCACAACUGACCCAAGUCCAGUUAAUGGAAAGACUGCAAGACCACCAAGGAUACCGAAUGAAACUUCAGGUCUAGCGGUACACCAGAUUAUUACCAUCACUGUUUCCCUAAUCAUGGUCAUUGCAGCAUUGAUAACAACACUCGUCUUGAAAAAUUGCUGUGCACAAAGUGGAAAUGCCAGGCGUAACAGCCACCAGAGGAAGAUAAAUCAGCAAGAAGAAAGUUGUCAAAACUUGACUGACUUUACUCCAGCCAGUGUUCCCAGCAAUAUGGAUAUAUUCACAGCAUACAAUGAAACCCUUCACUGCUCCCAUGAAUGCAUACGGACACCUGUACCUGUAUACACAGAUGAGGCUUUGCACCAAACUGGAGCAUUUAAGACCACAUUCAAUGGCAAUAGACCCACUUCUUCUGAUCGGCAUCUAAUACCCGUGGCCUUUGUGUCUGAGAAAUGGUUUGAAAUCUCCUGCUGACUGGCUGAAGUCUGUUUUUCUUCCUGAGGGCAGGGCAGACGCCAUGUUUCUAUUUCCUGGAUUCCAUUAGUAAACCUGUAAAAUUCACAGGUGUCUUCGUUUACCAUUGGAACUCAAAAAACUGUAUGGACUUAUAUGCUGUAUUUUUAUAAAAAAAAUAAGUUAACCUACAGACACUGUAAUUUUCCUUAUAUAAUAUUUUUUUUUUGGAAUAAAAGAGAAAAAAAACUUUCAGCCACUGAAAAGAAAUUCUUUAAUAAAGGACUGACCAUGAGAUUUUUUUGGGGUCUGGACUGUGAUUUUUGAACCUGUGCCAAUAAUACCAAUAUGUGCCAUGAAAUGAUGUGGAAGAUUUCAUUAAAAAAAUAAGUUAAGUGAAGUAUGCUUGAAAUAAUACCAGAUAGAAGGAUUUGAUGAUCUAUUUCUGAGCAUAAACGUUGUAUAAAGGCAGUAAAUCCAUUCAUAAAUAUACAUUUUUGUGAUGUAGCAUCAUUUUUAACUGUUAAUAUUUUGUUUAUAUUGCAAUUUGUUCAUUACCAUUCUCGAUUUUGUGCAACAUUUUAGAGAAAAAUCAUGCCACUGUUACUAUUUAAAAUCAAUGUUCAGAUGAUAUUCAGUGAAUCCAUGAAAAAAUAAGACUUUUUAUAUGACCAGUAUUUGAGAAUGAAUAUGAAAUAAACGUAAGGCUUGCUUUUUUAAUACUGUAAUUCUACAAAAAGUAUAUGCAAUGAAAUGUGUUUUGGAGAAUAUUUUUGAUGAAGGAUUGUUUUGAUUUAUCUUCCACUUUUAGAAUAUGUUUUGGUUCGAAAAUGUAAAACUAAAGUAAAUUAAUCUUGCCGAGAACAGAAAGUGACAAAGAGUUAAAGCGAUUUCAAGAGAGAGAAAAUGUGUAUUACUAUUCCAAAAGACAAAUGUUCCCUAGCCAUCAAGCCAUGUAGAAAAUAAUAUCUAAUUUAGGGUAACUGAAUAAUUAAAUGAGAGCUAACUUUUAUGUAUUAUUCAUAUUAAGUAAUAGCAGUGCUGGAAGAUAACUCAUAAACCUAAUCAAAAAGACAAACCUUUUUCAUUGAUGAAAACCUGGCAUAUGUUACCUACAGGGAAACCCAGAAAUUAGGGAUUUUAGACAUCAUAUACUGUGAGUUUUUACUGUUAAGCAAGAACACUUUUUUAUUUAUUAUAUAAUUAUAUGUACAAGUAAAAAUUAUUAAUAAAGCACACUUCUUAAAGCAAAAUCAUAAAAACACUAUAAUUUAGUUUCUUCAGAUAAUUGUCUUUCAUUUUUUGCCUUUAUUGACAUGAAUCAGUAUUAUAGUGCAAAAUUUAUAUUUUGGUGAAGCAUUUUAAUUUGUGUGUACUCUUCGACACAUUUGGUUGUAGUUGUAAGUGAUUGUGCAGUAACACUAUUUCAAUUACUAUAUCACUUUUUAUUUAACAUGUAAAUAUCAAGAUUACAGAUAAUGCAAAUAAAAAACUGAUAUUUCUAUAGA